AUGACCUCUUUCUCUAGCCAGACGGUUUCUCUGGUCGUCGCUCAGCACCUCCCACCAGCAAUCAGCACUAGCGGGCCACCACUACUCCUCCCGGGCACCUUCUACCAGUGCAGACACACCGCCGCUACUGCUCCAUCCAUUUCAAUGUUCGUUUCUACACCACCAGCCGACAUUCCCAGUGCCCGCACGUUGUCCCCUCGGGCACUGUCCUUUGGUUCCAACAGUCACCCUCCUCCUAGCUCAGGCCACACAGUCUGCAUAUUUGGCCAAGUGGUGAAUUUUUAUUGCCCCUCUGUGCCCAGUGAAGAACAUAGUCACCACUCACGUGGACUACCACAACAUUCUGUCUGUAUUGCCAUGUCAUCGACACCUCAAUGUCCAUGUCAACUGUUCUCACAGUCAAUCCAAUUUUAUUUGUUUGUUGAAAGUGCGGGUUCUGUUUCUUCAUUUGUUGGAUUCUUUGUGGUAGCUUCUGGAAUACUCUGGUGCCUGAGUAUGCGUUGUUUGAAACAUGCGAGAGAUACAAAUUUCCUACAGAAUGGCUGGAUGCAGUUGCAGGAGAGCAUCGCUUCAAUGGGAGGGAGAAAAAGCCUUAGAAUAGUUUCUCAAAGAGAGUUGGAAAUAGAUUCCAACAAUUAUUCAACAGAAUUGGGGAAAGGUGGCUUUGCAACUGUGUACAAGGGAAUUCUUGCAGACAGCACACUCGUGGCAAUUAAAAAACCUAAAUCAAUUUCAGAUGAGUUUAUCAAUGAAGUUAUAAUUCUAUCCCAUAUUAAUCACAGGAACGUAGUGAAAUUGCCUAAAACAACAGAGGCGAUAGCAUAUGUGCAUCUUCAAGCCUCUCAGCCCAUUUUCCAUCGUGACAUAAAAUCCCUAAAUAUUUUACUAGACAAUACAUUCACUGCAAAAGUAGCAGACUUUGGCAUUUCUAAGCUAUUGCCCUCGGAUGAAAGGCACUUGAGCACCAUACUUCCAUCAGGCACUCCAGGUUAUGUGGAUCCGGAGUUUGUGAAGAGCACUCAUUUCACAGACAAGAGUGAUGUUUUUAACUUCGGUGUAGUUCUGGUGGAGAUUUCUACAUGUUUAAUGGCAGUAUUGUCUACGGAAGGCUCUAUGUGUGGUUUGUCUGAUCAUUUCCUCUCCGUAAUUAAUGAGAACCACUUCACUGAAAUUUUAGAUCCUAAAGUGGUGAAUGAGGAGAACCAAGAGGAGAUGGAGAAUAUAGAAAGGUUAGAAAAAUCAUGUUUGCAAAUGAAAGCAAGAGCAAGGUCAUCCAUGAGAGAGGUGGUGGAGGAAAUUGCAUGGAUAAGAGCUUCCACAAGACAACUGAGGCUUUAUAGUAAUGUGAGUCUUGUAGAGCACAGGGGUGACCCAAAACAAGCAAGGCAAAAUUAUUACGCCCCGCCAACAACAUGUGUUAAUUAUUCUAAGAAUCUUGCCGAGGAUCAUUACUGCAGUUCUCCACCUAUUACAACAAUUUCUUCAGAGGGCCCAUCUACUGCAUUGAUUCAAACAGAGAUGUCAGAUACAUAUGCACGAUGA